AGCCCGGGCAGCGCUGUCGGCUCUGGGCAGAACCGCGACCCCAGGUACUGUGAUGAGCAUAAAGGCCCCGGCGGCAGUCGCGUACCUUGAGCUCACGGAGACUACAACUCCCACCUCGCAUUGCUCCACUGCCCGCCGGCCCUGGGCUGCGGUGCCUGCUGGGAGUUGUAGUCGCGCCACGGCAUUGGCCAGCGCUGUCAGCUGAUCCGAAGGAAGGGUUCCCCGUCCAAGAUGGCGGCGAGCUGCUGCGGGGCUGGGGGCGGCGGCUCUGCCUGAGGAGAAUGGCGGGAGCGAAGCGGGAGCUGCGCGUCCUCCUGGCCGCCCUCUCGGGGGAAGCGCGGGGCUCCUUGCGGGACGCGGCCCUGGUCCGGCUGAGCAGGGGCCAGGACGCUCUGGGCAGCCUCCUGGUCCCUGGUGGGAUCUACCUGGAGCCGCUGGUGCCGAGCGGAGGCGGCAGGGCCCGGGGCAGCGUCCUUCCGGGAGACUGGGCUGACUUCAUGUGGGAGAAAUCUGAAGAUGAUCUGCAAGCAGCCAAGACAAAAAUACUGGCUCUUAAUAAAAGCCAUGAACUGUUUGUCUAUGAAAUCACUGUAGAAGAUGGAAAAUACAACCCGAUUUCCCUGCACAGUUGUAAGGAAGACACACUUAAAAAGCUCCUUGAACUUAAAAACAUUAGUCUGUCUUCCGUUUUCUCUUUGAGGAUACUGUCUUUUCGAAACAACAAAUGCAGACUUCUGCUCAAUAAGUUCGUUGUUGUGCAUCUCACCUUUCCUGGACAGGACUCGCCCUUAGAGACGUGCGACUGCUUCACCCUCGAUUUGCGACCACGAGUUUUGGACAGAAUAACAGAUACACACUUCUGCAGGGGGAUCCUGUUUCUCUUAGAUAGCUCUGGCUGGAUUUACGUAUUUGACUCUUUUGAUGGUGCAAAUCUGGCAAACAUCAACGUAGUGCUCUGGCAGGCUGGGGACAGGAGCCCGGCUGUCACAUCGCCACUCGCUGCCGUGACAGUGUCGCAAGAUCUCGGUGUUGCUGUGGUCACCAGCUCUUCCAGCUGCGCCAUCGCGGUGGAUCUAAACAUGUACUUCAGACAGUUCCCCGGGCAUUUGCUCUGUAAGAAAGAUCCUGAAAAUCUGGCGGUGAAGCCUCCGGAGGGACUGGACGAGGAUGACCUGGCCAGUUCUGAGCGGAGCAUGGAGCUGUUGGCACGGCCUUUCCGCACAGACAGGUCCUGGAAGGCACAUUUGUCCUCGCUGCGUGACACAGUAAGGAGAAGAAAACCAGGUUCUCCAGGCUUGACAGAUGACUUGAAUUUACCUUGGUAUCAGUUUUUUACCCAUCUUGAAGUUCAUGACCCUGAAUUCUAUGAAAAUUCAGAGAAGUUGGUGGCUUUUGUUCCACGUGUUGUUACAUGGGCCCCUUCCAAACGAGGACAAAGCUAUGGUACAAACCUCAGCGAUGCAGGACGGCAAUGGAAACAAAUCCCCGUGGCAGCACCACAAGAAGUGGUGAAACUGGAGUGUAAACUGGUAACCAGCGUUACCGCCCUGUUUGUCAUGUUAACCAAUGACCAGGGACUGACUCUUGCUCUCUGGGAUUUGGAGUCGCAAGAUGUGACGCAUUACCACUUUGGUAAACAUAGCGUUUACGUGGAUUGCAGUGAAGAGGUGCCGUUGUGUCUAAUUCUGACAGAGCGUGGUCUCUCCUUGGUUCUCUUUGGCUUAACUCAAGAAGAGUUUUUGAAUAGAUUGAUGAUCUAUGGCAGCGCUGGCGUUGUAGACUCUGUUUGUCGUCUCAAUGGAUGGGAACAGUGUUCAAUUCCAGUACAUGCGCUAGAGGCAGGUUUGGAAAAUCGUCAACUCGACACAGUAGACUUGUUUUUAAAAAGCAAAGAAAGUCUCUUUGAUCUGGCUGCCCCCUGCCCUGGAGUGGAGCAGUCUGCUGGUGGUGUGUCCCAGUCUUACCUCAAAAAUUUGGAAGAGCUGAGACCAGCUUUAAACUUACUUUGCUCAGCAAUCAGAGAAAAUGAUAUGGACCCUCACUUUUCUGAGCAGCUGCUAAACCUCACAUUGACAUUCCUUACCAAGCAACUUGAAGAAAUUUUUGUGUACACAGAAGAACCUGAUGAAUUCCUGCAGAAGGCUGCAGAUAUUUUAACUGAUUACAUUAUUAAACUUAGAAAAUUUCUGAGAAAAUAUCCUCAACCACAAAUAACCAUAGGACAUAUAGAGAGAGGUCAUGAUGAAGACUUACCUGCAUUAGAAGAAAGCCACAUAUGGGAAAAACUGACACCAGAGGAAGUCAUUGCUGAGGCCAUCUUAAGCAACAAAAUACCAGAGGCCCAGAUCUUCUUCCAAAUCCAUCAACAUCCUGCUCAGAAUUUUCCAGAACUGAUUCAGACAGGUUUGAACCUGGUCUAUGACUGUCUUCUGAAGAAUGAUACCAGAGAGGCCUCAGAGCUUUUGAGAAAUAUGGGCUUUGAUGUGAAGGAAGAAUUCCGUAAAAUAUGUUUCUACACAGUUGAUAAACGUGUACGAGAUUUGUUGGUGAAAGUUUUACGAGAAGAAAAUUAUUUUUCUGAAAAAGAGAAGAAAAUGAUAGACUUUGUGCAUCAGGUUGAAAGCUUUUACUCGGAGUCCUUCCAAGAAAAUAAAGAGAUUCAGUCUCUUUCCAGUUGGAAGAGCUGGGGAAAAGAGCAGGACUUUUCCAGACAUGCAGCCGUCCUGGACUCGCUGUUGAAUUGCAGCAGACAUCGGGUUCAGCACCGGAGGGUCAGGAUGGUGUUUGACUGGGCCCAGAGCUGGGAUGAGCUUACACAGGAAAUGAUUCUUCUCCCCAGAAAACCACGCCAAGAGCUCAAGACGUGCAAUCCUGAGGUUCUUUGGAGGCAUUUGACAGCCCAGCAUGAUUGGGUUAGCAUUUGUUCAUGGCUUGAAGAAUCUGAGCCCAACCAGGCUUUGUGUGGACAAGAGAACUGGCCUCCUCUCACUCCAGACAUUAUUGACCAGAGCACAUUAUGCAGCAGCUAUAUGAGAAACGAUAUAUUGAACAUGCUGGCCAGAAAGGGGAUUUUUGUCUGUUCUGAGUUGGAAGAUUUUGAACUUCUGCUCCAAAGACUGUCCUACGUUGGGGGAGUACUGCAAAAUCCUCCCCCUGUUCCGACAUACAGUGCUGCAAGCGGUUUGGACUUCCAUGCUCGCUUUGUCCUUCACUGUUUAGAACACAAUUUGCAGUAUCUGUUAUACACUUACUUAGACUAUUACAGUUUAAGUCCUUCAAAUUGCCCAGUUUUGGAUAAGAAGGAACUGCAUGAAGCUCACCCCUGGUUUGAAUUCCUCGUGCAGUGCCGAGGGGUGGCCGCUAACCCACGAGAUCCGAAGAUGAUUUUUCAGGCCAGUCUAGCAAACGCUCAGAUCUUGAUUCCCAGUUCCCAAGCCGGUGUGAGCAGCAUGCUGCUGGAAGGACGGACGCUCCUCGCACUUGCUACUACCAUGUUUGCACCCGGGGGUAUUGAUCAGGUUCUUCAGAAUGAAGACACGGAAAAACCUCUAAAGAAAGUUGAUCCGCAGCUCUUAAAAAUGGCCUUGGCUCCCUACCCCAAGCUCAGAGCUGCUCUCUUUCCCCCAUGUACGUCUCAUGGAAUUUUGCCACCUGACAUCUCUCUUUACCACCUAGUUCAGUCAUUAGUGCCCUUUGAUCCCACUAAAUUGUUUGGCUGGCAGUCAGCAAAUACUCUUGCUGUAUCAGAUGCAUCAAGUGACUUUCCUCAUUUUUCAUCCCCUGAACUGGUGAACAAAUACGCUAUAAUGGAGCGACUGGAUUUUUUAUACUAUCUGCACCAUGGACGUCCAUCAUUUGCUUUUGGUACAUUUUUGGUCCAGCAGUUAGUGAAGAGCAAAUCUCCCAGGCAGCUGAUCCAGCAGGCAGGGAACGAGGCCUGGAUCUUAGCUCUUUCUUUCUUCAGCGUCCGGUCGGUAGGAGCAGCCUGUGUGUGUUUUCUGGAAUUGCUCGGCCUUGACAGCCUCAGACUCAGAGUUGAUCUUAAAGUUGCAAACAUGAUUUUCAGUUACAGAACGAGAAAUAAAGAAUCUCAGCACAAUCAAAUAAGAGAAUCUUUGGUUGAAAAGUUAACAAAAUUGGCUGAUGGUGAAAAAGCAGCAGCAGCAGCAGUUCUUAUCUCCUUAGAAGAAGCCUUUUGGGAUGCAGUUGAGCAUCAAGGAAUAAAAAAGACGUCUAGUGACUCUAGAAGGCAGUGGUCUUUGGUAAUGCAGUUCUGUAAACUCCACAAUAUCGGGCUGAGUACAUCUUACCUAAAGGAAUGUGCCCAAUCCAACGACUGGCUGCAGUUCGUGGUGCAAGCGCAGCUGUACAGCUACCAGCCGGACGAGGUCAUUUCUGUCCUUCAGGAUUUCAGUCCUGUUUUACAAGAUCAUUUGACGCUGGCAUUGGAGAAGUUCCCGCUGUCACAUCCAGGGAGCCCUGGUAACAGCCCUGCUGGGAUGGCCAAGGGCCAACGUGCAGAGAGUCUCUUCCAGGUCCUGUUUCAGUGCCAGGGGAACCCCAGCCCCUGGCGGUACCUUCUGGCUGAAGGGCUGAGAGAACACGUGCCCGUUCUGAGCGUCUUUGCCACCUGCUUCCAAGAUGCAAACAUCAUUCACUGUCUCUGUGUUUGGAUAAUCACUACUGUGGAUGACACCACCAGAGCUGAAGCAACAAACCACAUUGAAAGCUCAGUGGAAAAUCACCAAUGGGACCUUCAUGACCUAUCGGUUAUCUGGAAAGUCUUUUUAAGAAAGCAAAGGAGUAAAACACUUCUAAAUGGCUUCCAGCUCUUUUUAAAGGAUUCCCCUUUACUGUAUAUACUGGAGAUGUAUGAACUAUGUAUGAACUGCAAAAAGUACAAGGAGGCAAAAACCAAACUGGACAAGUUUCAGGAAAGCCUCACAAAACUUAAAACUGAAGAUGAACCAGCAGUGUCAGAAUUACCUGUGCAGUGGUUGGAAUCACAAGCGUUGUUUCUUCUCGAGUUGAUGAUGCAGCAGUGCAGGACGGAAUAUGAAUUAGGAAAGCUCUUACAGCUCUUUGCUGCAGCAGAUCAUCUGCCACUCAACGGCCCUUACGUGAAGAAACUCUGUGCACUGAGUGAGACCCUGAAGGAUUCCUCCAUCCCAAUUAACCGCUCCAUCCUAACCAGUUACAGCAUAGAGACGUUCCAGAGCGAGUGCAGGUCCAUUCUGGAGCAGCUGCAAGAGAAGGGAAAGUUCUCCCUGGCUCGGCAGGUCGCAGCAUUGGCUGGAUUGCCCGUGGACAACAUAGUUACCCAAGAGGUUCUAAGAGAUCUACAUCAUUUAAGAGACCUCGGACAGUGGCAUCAGAACCAGACAAGAAUUGAAUUCUGGAAAAAGUGUAAUGACAACUUCAUGAAAAAUUCAAUCUCCAGCGGAGCUGCGUCUGACUUUUUUUUGAAUCAGGCAAACACAGUAUUUGAAUCUUUAGCUCAUAAGAAGAUAAACAGCAUCAUGGAGAGACACUUGUUGCUUACCCUGGCUGGCCACUGGCUAGCCAAGGGUGACUCGGUGUCACCGCACGAAUUAGAAGAACUGGAGAAGCAGAUCUGGGUCUGUCGCAUCGCACAACAAGCGCUAUGCGCAGAUGAGGGGUCAGACGAGUCCAGGUCAUCCUCCCAUGCUGUAGUGAACGGGGAUCUUUCCUUUGAUCACUUAGCUAAGGAAUUUUCUUUUUCAAAGCUGCCUGCUCUGAACACGCCAAAGUACUUAAAACUAGAAGGUCUUGCAUUCAGAGAGUCUCAACAGACCUUGACCAGUGAGGAGGAGGAAUCGCUCCAGGUUCUGAUCGGGCGCCUCCUUGACGAAGGCAGCGUGCAUGAAGCCAGCCGGGUUUGCCAGUAUUUCCACUUCUACAACAGAGACGUUUGGCUGGUGUUGCACUGCAGAGCUCUGGCUGCCGGGGAGGCCGAGCUGGACAAAUUACACACAGAUAUUCAGACUCUCCUUGUAGCAAGAGAAGAGACACCUGAAAGCUGCGCAGCUCAGCCGAGCAGGGUCCCCAGUGCAUCAAGCUUAGAAGACUGGACACACAUCACGGCUCCAUCUCUGGAGGAUCGAGUGGUCGCCAGUCUGAAGGCUCUCACAGAUGAAUGUGUCCAUGGCAGAAACUACUGCAGACAGGUUCUCUGUCUAUAUGAACUUGCUAAGGAACUGAACUGCUCCUACAGUGACGUGUCAGCGCGCGACCCCGAGACGGUGCUGGGAGCGAUCCUGUCGUCCCGCCGGCCCGACCGGUGCAGCAGGGCCCGGGCGUUCAUCGCUGCGCAGGGAAUCCUGCCCGAGACCGUGGCCGAGCUGGUGGCUGAGGAAAUCCUGCGGGAGUUACUGGCGUCUUCAGAAGGGAAAGGACAGAAGCAGGUUUGGAGCCCCGCAGCUGAGAGCCAGGCGUUCCUGCAGCUCGCCAAGCUGGGCCAGGACCACACGCUGGUCGGCAUGAAACUGCUGGGCAAAGUUCCCUGUGUCCCACGCGGGGAGCUGGCAUGCAUUACAGAAUUGCUGAUUUUGGCCCAUAACUGCUUUAGUUUGACUUGCCACAUGGAAGGAAUCACCAGGGUCCUGCAAGCAGUGCGGCUUCUCACAGACGAGCAUUUGGCACCUAAUGAAGAGUACGGGCUCGUGGUUCGUCUUCUCACUGGAAUUGGCAGAUACAAUGAAAUGACCUACAUAUUUGAACUGCUGCACGAGAAACACUACUUUGAAGUGCUCAUGAGAAAGAAAUUAGACCCGAGCGGGACGCUGAAGACGGCUCUGCUGGAUUACAUCAAGCGCUGCCGCCCCGGGGACAGCGAGAAGCACAACAUGAUCGCGCUCUGCUUCAGCAUGUGUCGGGAAAUCGGGGAGAACCACGAGGCUGCCGCUCGCACGCAGCUGAAACUCAUCGAGUCGCAGCCCUGGGAGGACUCUCUUCGAGAUGUUGCCAGCUUAAAGAAACUGCUGAUGAAAGCUCUGACCCUUUUUAUUGAUGCUGCAGAAAGUUAUUCUAAGGAGUCCUGUGUGCGCCAGGCCCUUCGCUGCACUCGGCUGACGAAGCUCAUAACCCUCCAGCUGCACUUUCUCAACAUGGGGCAGAGCACAAUGCUGAUCAACCUGGACAGACAGAGCCUGAUGGGCUCCAUCCUGGCCUUGCCCAGAUUCUACCAGGCAGCCAUCGUGGCCGAGGCGUACGAGUUCGUUCCAGAUUGGGCUGAAGUUCUGUACCAACAAGUGAUCACCAAGGGAGACUUCACUUACUUAGAAGAAUUUAAACAGCAAAGGCCGCUGAAGCCUGGUGUAUUCGAGGAGAUUGCAAAGAAAGUUAAACAACACCCGCCAACUGAUGCUGCUCUGAAAAAUCUGAAGAAACUGCUCACGUACUGUGAAGAUAUCUACACAUACUACAGACUGGCUUACGAUCACAAGUUCUACGAUGUGGUGAACACGCUGCUGAAGGACACACAGACCGGCUGCUGCCUUAACGACAUGUUGUCCAACUAGAGUCCAGCACCUGGCUCCACAGGUCAUGGCAUGAAAGGAGAACUUGGAGCUGCGCUGAGAAUGACCAUCCCUGAGCCUGGAACAAUUUGGGACCAUUUCCAAUGGGGAAGGCAGUACACGUGGAUCCUGGCUGUGUUGGGAAACACCUGAGAAAAGCGCAAGCUGUACCUGCAGGACUGGAACACAAUACCUGGUAAGAGCCACCCUCAAAUACACCAAGGUACGUAUGAGCCGCUGAGUGCAGCAGUUCCAGUAAAAGAUAAAGUUCCUCAAAAGAACUGGUCCCAAGACAGCCACAGUGAAGUCCUCAAUAGUGAUUUUUAUUAAAUUAGUUGCUUUAUAAAACAUUGCAGAUGUCAUAGUUGUUAACAUAACAAUUUGCCCAACUGUAACUGUUGCAGUUUGCUAAGCAAGUUUUUGUUUUAAAAUGAAGGAAAAUGACUGAGUUGUGAAAGAUCUCCCACAACCCAUAAAAGACCAAAAGGAAGUUUUGUUUUCUUACACUUAAACCAGGCAAUUAACUGUUAAAGAAUACCCAACCCAUACAGCUGCAUUAGUAGAAAUUUAGAUCAAUGGAAACUAAACUUCAUACUCAAGACACAAGUUGUGUUUUUCAAAGCAUCUCCCCGUGCCCUGACCCACCUGGUGUUUGCAGUGGGGCUCUCGGCUGCUGCGUGUCCUCCCGCUGAAGCCGGCAGUUCCCUGCACAAUAUACUGAAAACCUCAAGCUCUAACUCAAGACAAAGCAAUUGUAAUACUAAGUGCACACCACGCCUUGCUGCAAACUGCUGCUGUCACCAAACAAGUCACCCUGGAGGUACAGUUAAGGCCGUAUCGCUGAGCUGUGCUGGUUAUAAUACUUUUUGUCUGUUGGAAUUAAUUUCCAAUUUACUUGCUGUUACUAUAAAAUAGCAACAGUUACCAUUAUCAGAAUUUUGGGGGGUUGAACUCCAAUUUGCAGAGGUUUUAAGUGUCCUUAUUGUAACCCCCCCUGGAUGCCCAGUGCAUGAGCACAGACCUGUCCAGAGCUCAACCACCAGCACAGAGAUACUGCAGUUCUGAUUGUAGCAUUUGGCAGAAUUUAAAGGAAGAAAAGUUGUGCUACAUGUUUAAGGGAUUGUGGGCAACAGAAAGACAACAGAAGGGGAGAUUAAUGUCACAUGAAGUCUUCAAAGUCUUGUACGUAUUCUCCAUCGUAUCCUCCGUAAUCAGCCAGGUCAUCUUUCAUAGUAGCCUUUAAACCACCACCGGGCACAACACCUUUUUUCUUCUUUUUGGCUUUAUUCUGCUUAAAGAGGAAGAGCAUGUUUACUUUAAAAUCCGUACUCAUUUGUCCUGACUCCAGGGUAAUACCACGUCUCUGAGGGGUGAGCAUUGGUGUGCACGUGCCUUUGCCACCAUUUCUACCCCUCGUUUCCUCCCACAACAGGACCUGCUCAGGUAAAGCUGUGACAUUUCCAGGUGUCCCCCAGCUCCCGCAUCACACACUUGCCCAAACUAUUCUAUGAUUUAUCAUCUGUUGCCUUUCAUCCUGUUUUACACAGACUCUGAACAAGCAAAACUAGGUAAAUGCAAAGUCUGGUGUCGAGUUCUGUGACAUUACCAAAUGAUUUUAUCCCCAGCGUGGCUGCGUGUCUUCCUUGCAAAAAAAAAAAAUCAAAGUUCUAGACAAACUUACAAAACAUUUCACAGUAAAGCUUUUCUUCACUGGAUUGUGUAGGUACAGCUUUCAGUGGUUGACCAAACUGAUUUACAGGAAAAGCCAGGAGAGAAGAGUAUAAAAAUUGCGCUUUGCCACAUAAGCCCCUUCAGCUGCAGAAAUACACACAGUUCUUACCUUUUCUUGUUUUUGUUUUUCACUGCAUAGUACUGUCAAAGUAUUCGUGAUCUUUUUCAGAUCAUCAACUUCCACUGCAUCGGGGGAGAAAAAAAAAUAUUCCUCAGCAACAUGGUUCUUAGAAGACAGUUAAAUAAUCCCACAGCAAUAUUCUCUAAAAACUAGAAAUAAGCAUUAAGUAUAGGCAAUUACCUGAUUGAAAUAAUCAAAACACAGACUGGGUAAUUCACAAUUACUAUUUCCCAUGGUUUCUUGUAAGCAGCUUGUAUGUUGUAGAAGGUAAAACUUGUAAAUUAAGAGUUACUGAACACAAAAGUCUUAAUGAGGAGGCAUUUGAACAGUAAACUACGGAUACACUGAAAGCCAGUAAAAGAUAUCAAAAGUACUUCAGCCAACCAGAGCAGUGGGAAAAAGAGUUUGAGUUCUUUUGUCUCUGUAUCAUUAUAUGUUGAAUUCCAGAACAAUUAAUUUUGCAGUCCUGGAGUUACAUGAACUGAAUUUUAUAACAGUUUCCCUCCAAAUGAGCUACUCAAGUUAUCUGGCUCAGAGAACUUUUUAAAUGUUAUUAUUUUUUAAAUGGCUUCAAGAAAAACAUGCAAGAUUUAGAUCAGCAUAAAAAUUCCCACUUUUGAGGAUGACUGCCUUUAACUUCAAGACACGCGUCUUUAGCUGACCUGCAGAAACUCUUGGACCAGCACACAGCCUGUAAGAAAGUUUGUGGGGAUGGAACUGGAUGCUGCUCAGGGUAACAGAUUAGUCCCUCAUUUAGUGUAAACUACACAGUGCAAACCACAGCUUGAUUUAAUGUUCGCUGCAUCAGCAUGUUUCCAACUUCAACUCCACUGCACUGUUGGUAGCAGUGUAUUCUAGGAUGUCUUUGGUUUAACUUACAUGAAAUACAUACGUCUCGAACUAACGCUUCCAAAAAACUGGCAUAAUGUAACGAUUUUUCAUACUGUGUGAUUUUCUCUUUUAGUAGUUUGCCAAAUUCCGUAAAGUCGUCUUUUGAAGAGGGAUUCAUGGCAUCUAUUCCACAAGCGUUAUUUACAC